AUCAGAUCAAAUUGAGCUGCAGAGCCGAAUCUUAUAGAUCAGGUCAAACCACACACACACACACACACACACACCAAGCAUGAAGCAUUCGGCUGUAAUAAGCUGGAUUCUCAUUUGCCUUUUAGCUGUGUUGAGUUUGAUUUUCAUCAAGAAAUGGAAGAAGGGAUCCGAUGGAUUCAAGAAGAAGCUGCCACCAGGGCCAUGGAAGCUACCCAUCAUUGGAAACAUACAUCAGUUGAUGAUGGGUGGUUCUCUGCCCCAUCAUGCUCUGAGAAAUUUAGCCCAAAAACAUGGUGAUCUGAUGCAUCUUCAGCUUGGAGAAAUCUCAACCAUUGUGGUAUCAUCUCCUGGAAUGGCGAAAUCGGUCCUGAAAACCCAUGAUCUCGCAUUCUCGGAUAGGCCGAGUGUUCUGCUUGGGAAGAUCAUCGCCUACAACUAUUCCGACAUUGCGUUUUCUCCAUAUGGCGAAUACUGGAGGCAGCUCAGGAAACUCUGCACUUUGGAACUUCUCAGCGCAAAAAGAGUCCGAUCGUUUGGUUCGAUUCGCCGAGAUGAAGUUUCGAAGCUGGUUUCAUCGAUCCGGGAGGAUGCUAUUCCCCUGUUUCAGUCAAAAGAGGGCAUAAAUUUGACCCGGAAAAUCUCCUCGUACACGAGUUCGAUGAUUUGCGCAGCGGCAUUUGGUCGAGCAUUUGGACGGCAUCAGGCGGAACUGGUGGAGAUACUGAACAAAGUUUUGAUUCUGGCGAGCGGGUUCGAUGUUUCUGAUGUUUUUCCAUCCUGGAAAAUUCUUCAUCGCUUCAUCUCCAUGAAGCCUGAGCUGGUGGAGUUGCAUAACCGGAUUGACGGAAUUCUGGAAACCAUUAUUCAACAACAUGUGGAAAACCCAACUGGGAGGAACUCUGAGUUAGGACAAGAAGAUCUGCUUGAUAUUCUUCUAAGGAUCAAACAAAGUGGUGAUCCUGAUUUUCCGAUCACCAAUGCGAGUAUCAAGGCCGUCAUAUUGGAUAUAUUCACGGGAGGAACUGAAACUUCAGCUAAUGUGGUGGAGUGGGCUAUGGCAGAGAUGAUAAGAUAUCCAAAUGUGUUGGCAAAAGCACAAAGUGAAAUCAGGGAAUUACUCAAGGGAAAGACAAUGAUUGAAGAAGCCGAUAUCCAAAAAUUAAGUUACUUAAAAUUAGUAAUUAAAGAAACUCUUCGACUUCAUCCUCCAUUGCCGUUAUUGAUUCCUCGAGAGAGUAGGGCGCAAUGCGAAAUAGACGGAUACAUCAUCCCUGACAGAACAAGAGCCAUAGUUAACGUUUGGGCAAUAGGAAGAGAUUCGAAGUAUUGGGAUGAUCCCGAAAAUUUCAAACCAGAGAGGUUUGACAAUAGCUUGGUUGAUUUCACUGGAAGCAAUUACGAAUUACUACCAUUUGGUGCGGGGAGGAGGAGUUGUCCGGGAUUAUCAUUUGGUAUAGCUAAUGUGGAACUGCCAUUAGCUAAUUUGUUGUUCUACUUUGAUUGGAAACUCCCAAAUGAAAUCAAUGGUGUUGAUUUAGACAUGUCGGAGACAAGUGGAAUAGUUGCAGGAAGGAAAAGCCAGCUUUUCUUGAUUGCCACUAUGUACGAAGCCGAAUCCAUUGGUAAACACAUUUAAGUAAGUAGUAGGGAUCAAGGUGCUUGUUAAUGUCUUAACUUUCUUGUCCAAUUAGUUCCAUGUUCUAGAUUCUAGAGUCAAAAUUUCCAUGAUCUUAGUUUGUAUGGACAAACAUUGUGUUUUGGUUUUUGUUUUAAAUUUGAGAUGAGAUUAAAAAUGUGGUUUAAGGGAAAAUUUAGAAAGUUGUAUAAGUUCUUUAGAUAGAAAAAAUAAUUUAUUUAUUUUUUAUUAUUAUUAUUUUUUAGAUGCAGGCAGUAGAAUUUCGUGAAAGAAAAUGCUAUCAUGUCGACUGUUGAGUUACCCGAUCAAAUUGUGAGAAGCUAUUUGAAUUUUUCAGAUAGAGCUAGAAGAUAAAUUAUAGUGACGUGACAGAGUGAUACAUGUAAUCUUUGUAUAAUUGAGAUAGGAUGAUGGCUAAUCUAGAGUGCCCUGAUGAGAAAGUGUUAUGUGGAAUAGAUCAAAACUGCCUCAUGUUUAUUUCCACUUAAACUCGAUAGCUCCUUAUCACGUCUCGUUCAAUGCAUCAAUAUUAUAUUCCCAAAAAAAAAAAAUUUCACAUUGAAUUUUUAUAUUUGUACUGUUUUGUUGGUGGCCUCUGGUUUGUUUCCACUUGAACUCGGUAGGUCCUUGUCAC